GUAAUCCUAGCCAAUAACGCUAACAUCUUCAUAUCCUUUCCGCAUCUGUCGUUCGGGGUUUUUUACUCGUUAAUGCUCACCAUUCCUUUUAGCCAGCUAGCGAACGACGACGACGGGGGACUGGAUGUUUAUUUUCGACUGAAAGUCAGAUUACACUUGUACUUAUGAAAUCGGUAAACGCAACUGCCAGCACACCCAGCCCAGCAUCCUCUCGCCGCUCCAAUGCCAAGUGUAUUGGCUAAAGUGAGAUGAUUAAUCCGGCGUUCGUUACCGCCCCGGCACACAACGCGAAAAAAUCAAUAAACACAUGCUAUUAUUCUUCUUGCGCCCCGCGUACACACAUCCACACGACGGCGAACUCCACACUAAGUUGUACGGUGGCCAUGUAACAUUUCCCGGCGACUGGGAUAAGAGCAUUGGGGAAGAUGAUGAGUCAUCCGGGAUAAGCGAAUCGGCGACGCGGGAGCACAGGCCGCACUCGCCAGCUUCUCCUUGGCCGUGCAGCGAGGCAUAGCUGUGCACUGUGCUAUGCCGCUGUAUACAUAUAAUCCUUCAUUCCCCCUGUAUUGCUAUUCAACUCCGCAUCUCUGCCCCGUUCUAUCCCGCGUGUGAUAAACAACCAUCCACUUGUAGUGGCGCGCACUCUCACUGGGGAUAUAUAUCUCGCUGCUGCUUAUGCAUUAAAUGGAUAAAACGAGACGUGGUUAUGUCUGUGACCCAUCUGGACUGCUGAUUAGCCUGCACACUACGGCCAACACGGUGCUUAAUGAGUGAAUGGUGGCGGUUACGACAGGAAGUCGGCUGCUGUUUUGAAGGUUGACUUUUUUGACAAGCCGUCUAUGUAGCGAUGCCAUCGCCAACCAACCCGGCUGGCCCCUCCGCGACAGCCAAUGGGAAAGCGGCCAGCGGCAGUAGUGGUCGCGAGCCGGUGACCGCCCGGCAAUCGCGGGAGUCGCGCAGUAGUCAGAAGGACGCCAGUACGGCUUCGCCCGGGAAAGCCAGCAGUGCUCACGCGUCCUCCUCGUCCACGGCGCAUCAUCAUGAAGUGCAGCAUGUGGGUCCCUAUCGAUUGGAGAAGACAUUAGGCAAAGGCCAAACAGGUCUUGUUAAACUGGGUGUACACUGCGUUACCGGCAAGAAGGUGGCAAUAAAAAUUAUCAAUAAAGAAAAGCUUAGUGAAUCCGUCUUAACAAAGGUGGAACGGGAAAUUGCCAUCAUGAAACUUGUUGAGCAGCCUCAUGUUCUGGCACUCUAUGAUGUCUACGAGAACAAGAAGUACCUGUACUUGGUGUUAGAACAUGUCGGCGGGGGUGAACUAUUUGACUAUCUAGUCAAGAAAGGCCGCUUAACGCCCAAGGAAGCCCGUAAAUUCUUUCGUCAGAUCAUUUCCGCUCUGGAUUUCUGCCACAGUCACGGUAUAUGCCAUCGCGAUUUGAAGCCAGAAAACCUUCUACUGGACGACAAGACCAACAUUCGAAUAGCCGACUUUGGGAUGGCUUCGCUGCAGAUGAAUGGGUCGAUGCUGGAGACGAGCUGCGGAUCCCCGCACUAUGCCUCACCGGAAGUGAUUCGCGGUGAGCGUUACGACGGACGGCGCGCGGACGUGUGGAGCUGCGGUGUAAUUCUAUAUGCGCUGUUGGUGGGUGCUUUGCCAUUCGAUGACGAUAACUUGCGCAAUCUGUUGGAAAAGGUCAAAAAAGGUGUCUUUCAUAUUCCACAUUUCGUCCCACCCGAAUGCCAGAACCUAUUACGCGGCAUGAUUGAAGUUGAUCCUAAUAAAAGGAUGACGAUCGCUCAAAUCAUCCGGCAUCCAUGGGUAUGUGCCGGUGGUAAAGGCGAGCUGGAGUUGGAGCUUCCGGUGGUGCAAAUCGUCCAGACCCAUAUCAUUCCGACCAUGGAUGCCAUCGAUCCAGAUGUGCUGGCGUGUAUGACAUCGCUGGGAUGCUUUAAAGAUAAACAGAAGCUCCUGGCCGAAAUGCUCAACAAUCGGCACAACAUGGAGAAAGUCAUUUACUUUCUCCUGCUGGAUCGCAAAUGCCGUAAGCCAUCCGACGAUGAUGAUCAUGAGCCGGAGAGUGGUGCAGGAGGGAACAACGGCCUGCAGCCAGUAUUGGAUAAUAAGCUGGUCCGCUCGCGAUCCGAAUCCACCAAAGGCCACAGCCAGCGGCGGGCCGUUUCGGCAUGCGCCGAUCCCACGUCCACGCCCAGUCUUUCCUCACUCGAUCCGCCACGCAAGCGCGUCGAUCAGCGCCGCUACGACGAUACCGGCACUAACGGCGUGGAGUCCAGUGGACGGAUUUAUUCGCAGCUGACACUCGGCUCGCCGGUAUUCGGCAAGAGGCGGGGCGUGUCCUUCCAGACAUUGGAUGCUGGAUCCUUAACGGUCACUCCGGAGCUCAGAAACCGUCCGCGCCGCACCAACACCAUCGCCGGUGUCAAUCCAUCGGCAGCUUGCUCAUCCUCCUCCUCAUCCAUAGAAUCAAUAUUCCAGAAUGCCAACAAGAACGCCGGAAGGACGCAUUAUCAAUCCGCCAGCGCGACUGCCGUGCCGCCGCCGUCGUCGUCGCAUCCCGCAGCCGCGUCCGCCGCGCAUGAAGCCGCCAAUUUUCCCCCAACUAAUCAGGAGCUUAAUCAGGAUGUAUUCAAUUACGAGCCCAACAAAGCCUACAAUCCACCGGAGCCCGUCGUCAAGCCCUUUCAGCAUCCCUUCGAUGCCAGGCCAACCGUCCGCGAUGCCAAAGCGGCACGUGCUGUAUCCCCAUCCACCAGAGCUUCGUCCACGGUGAGCGCGCCGUCGAAUAGCGACGCCAAGACAGCACGACAGCCGGCUGUAACACAACGAACACCGUCACUGAGCAGUGCCAAUGAGAAUGAAUAUCCCGGCCGGAAAAGCUCGGCCUCCGCGUCGGUGCCCAGUUCACCAUCACCGUGGCGCUCCAAGCUGAGCAAUUUGAAGCAGACCAUUAUCGGCACACCGCGAUUCCAUCGGCGGAAUAAGAUGGCAUCGGAGAACAGUGUGGAAGAGGAUUCCGGAUUCGGGACGUCUUACAUGAAAGAGAAUAGCGUGAUGGAUAAGCUGAAUCGCUCGACGGCUAAGAAGAGAGAGGUUUCUCGAGAUCCGUCUACGGAGAGUGUGACCAGUCAGUUGAGUAGUAACGGCCAAAAUCGCUCAUGGUUCCGCACACUGAUGGCCAACACUACCAGUUCGAUGUCCACGGGUUUAGUAGCUGAUAAAGACGGAGAAUGUUGUUCCUUCAUCAUAUGGAACAAGAAUCUUACGGACAUCCGACAGGAACUUCAGGAAGCCUUUAAAACGGUGCACCAUCUGUUUGCAAAACAAGAGAAUCCCAGUCUGUACAUCGUACAUUACCGCCGUGGCGGAAUCGUUGCAACCAACAGCGCUGGACAAUCGUCAGCAUCGAGUACGCCACGUGGUGGCUUUUCGGCUGAUAAGAACAACAUUUUGUCCUCGGCUGGUCAGUUUUUAUCCAAUCUGCAGCGAUCAGUGAAGUUCCAAACGGAACUGACAGCCACGGGCGAUGAGAUUUCCGGAAGAGGGAUUUGCAUUACCUUCAAACUUUUAUCCGGUCCAGUGCGGCGCUUUAAACGCAUUUGUGAGCAUUUACAAAUGUGUUUAAUGCAAGCCGCUCACCGUCAGCGGUCCAGCGAAUCCUUUUCCACCAGCAAACCUGAUAUAAGCUCCCGCGGUAUGUCGCCGGCACCGGUUAAGCGUUUCACGGAUGCCGAUGAAGAUGCACUGUCCAGCAUUAGCACCCGGGAGGAAACACGACGCUACAAGCCCGUCUCGGCACCCCCGCCUGCUCCCUCGCCCCUUCCACCGCAAGAGAGCAACGUUGGGGGAGGAAUGGUGAUUGAGAAUCCCUUGGCGCAAAUGUUCGAUGCGGGAGCGGGGAGCAGUAGUCGUCGGCGACGACUGGAGAGCACGGCCAGUCUCAUUAGCCGCAUCACGGCGGAAGUCGCGGCUGCAGGCUAUACACAUGCUCAAAACGACAGCGAUAUACUAAACAUCGAUUAUACGCCACCGCCUCCAGUACCUCCUCUGCCUCUUGCAUCGGCUUUGAUUCAGCCCUUCGAUCCCCCUCUAAACGACACCAUCACGCCGGUGACCUUUAUCCGCGAGUCGUCAUUCUCUUCCAACUACGAGACGCUGAGUCCCUACGACUCCGCACCGAGCUCGGCGUACGCGCCGAUCGGCAUUCAAGACUGGUCAUUUCCCAGCACACCGGCUCCGUCGCCUUCGCGACUGAGCCUGGGCCGCGGUGGUGGUGGCGGGGCAUCCCAUUUCGCCGCGCCGGUCAACAGCGUCAGUGUGCUAACCGACACUCUACGGCGACCGGAUCUGGAUGAUAUAGAUUUGGCUCAUCAGCUGCAGCUGGAAUAUGAUCCGGUUAGUCCGGUGUAUGUCAAUUUGAAUGAUGACGAACGGCUGGCGCAGGAGACUGAGGAGAGUCUGCAUUUGUUGAAUCAGUUGUGCUCCAAUCUGGUAUCGUCCAUCAAUUCCAGCUCAGCGGUAUGACCAGCUCUUCAGGAUGUACUGGAAUUGAUUGGGCUAAUUAUUCCGGCGCAUCCUUUCACGGUGGCUCGAGCGAUGUAUGCCAUCAAAAGAGGCAAUGUACAAUCCACCACAGACGGCGUAUUACGAGUAAAAUUGGUGAUAUUUAUAAUUGUUUAACUGAUUCUGAGAAUGAUUUUGCUGAUUGGAAAGAGGUUGGUUAUGAUCACAUGCGAUUCUCUCCACUGAUCUCGAUGAAAGGAAAAGCUCUAAUUUAUUGGAACUCCUACCGGACGAGUCGCUUUCGUUCUACUUACGCCGUGCUUUUGCUAAUAAAAUUUUAAUAUUUUCUUAAUUCAUGCCAGUGUAAAGCUGAGUGAAUAUCACAGGAACUGCAAAUUGGUCCUUAUAAAAUCUCGUAAACUCAACAAAACAGCAUCGCUUAGAAAUAUAAGGCGGCAUCAUUUCACAGGAGAACCAUUUCCAAAAAUAUGUG